AUUCUUCAUGGCUAGCCUUCGCUCAACAGUUGCUGGCACCCCGGCCUCUGGAAUGGCCUAUAAACUACCUUCUGGUGGCCUUACAUGCCUGCGGGCAAGGAAUGCUUGCCAACUUCAAGGCCCAGGUCACCGCAUCCGCACCGGAGCUGCGCCCGCAGGAGGCCCCAACGCUGGCGUAGCGAGCUCGGUUGUGGAGUCGGUGGCUGCGCCGCCGCCGCCACCAGCGCCGCUGCAGUUGCCGCCGCAGGUGACCCGGAGCCUGGGCAGCGGCUCCUUCAGCUCCAUGGAUGAAGUGGACAUUCGCAUGUUCCGAUUCACCGCGGCGCAGCUUGACACCUUCCGCGGUCUCGCCUCGGCUAUGCGCAACUGCUCCACUGCUCUCAUAUCGCUGGCGGUGGGGAACGUGUUCGUAAACGCCUUAGAGGCAGUGGAGCACCACCACUCCCACCACCACGCAGCAGAGGGCGCGGCGGCGGCGGAGGGAGCGGCGGCGGCGGCCGGGGCAGCGGCGGGCGAGGCGGCGGCGGCGGCGGGGCAUGCGGUGGAGGCGGCGCUCACAGCUCCCCUGUUCUUUGAGGAGAUGGUCCGCUCCAUCUCCUUUUCGGAUGUGGCGUUCUGCGUCAACGCCCUCAUCCCAGCGGCCCUCAUCGCCUACUCCGUGGGCCCCUUCGCCGAGCUGGCCAAGGGCCCCGACCAGCCGCACAUGGCCCUGGCUCUCAAGGGCGUGGGGCGGCUGAGCCUUACCAUGCAGCAGCUGGCCUGGACCAGCGGCUCGGUGGGUGUGGUGCUGCUGCUGGAGGCAGCGGUCAAAUACCCGCCCAUGGUGGCGGUGGCGUCGGGGGCGUGCCUGGGGCUGGCGGUGGCCCGCGGCGCUGCGCUGUGGUGGGUGGUGUCCCGUCACACCACCAGCGGCGAGGAGGUGGCCCGCACCCUGGCGGCGCUGAGGGGUCAGGCGGCGGGCGCCGAGCUGCACCCACUGGACAGGCUGGCGUCAUGGCUGGCGCUGGGGGCGCUGCUGCAGCCGCGCCCGGUGGACCGGCUGGCGUCGUGGCUGGCGCUGGGGGCGCUGCUGCAGGCUGAGCCCUCCAUCCACCCGCACGGCCACGGCCAGGGCCACCGCAUGCCCUGGCAGAAGGAGCCACACGCCGAGGAUCAGGACCAGGACCAGGGCCACGAGCACAAGCGCCCACCGGCUUCCGUCACAGCGCCGGACCCGGAUCAGUCGGACCUGCUGCUGCACGUGGCGCCCGCCGACUCCAGGCCCCACUACGAGUUCGACGUGGAGGAGGAGCGCGUGCUGAGGAGCCUUGUGGAGGCCAGCAACGCUGCGGGUCUGGCUAUCCUGCUGCAGGUGCUGUCGCUGCUGUCACUGGGCAUCGCCGAGGCAGCCACCGCCAACACGCCGGGCCUGGUGUCCAACUGCAUCAACGCCACACAAAAGGCCGCCAACGCGGCUGUGCUGUUCGCCUCCAGCGCGGCGUUCGACAAUGCGCUGCACAACACCGACGGCAACGACGACACCGACCACCUGCUAUCGGGGCUGGGCAAGGCCCACGCCGGAAUGACCGGGCUGUUCACCUCCAUGGCGGUGCUGUCCUGGGCGCUGCUCAUGGCCGGCGGCGUGGCGCUGUUGGUUCCCGCGCUGGAGGAGAGCCCGCUGGGCGUGCUGGUUGGCGACGGCGUGUUGCACAUGUCAGCCGACAUACUGGUGGAGGUGCUGGAGGCCAUCUGAGAGAGAUGAAAAUGAGAACGAGGAGGCGUUGCUGCUGUAUGUUUGAUGUGUGUUUUCUGCAAUCAAGCUCGAAGGCUUGUGUAAGCGUGUGUAUACGGUACCGAGGUGCUGAUGGUUGGCAAGAGAGGCAGGGGAGAGGUGGGGCUGGUGGGGUGGGAAACACGUGUGCGUGCUGCACGUGCGUGUCGGCAGAUGUCCUGGUCGAGGUCCUGGAGGCCAUCUGAGGCAGGAGCUCAGCAGAAGAAAACGCCAUCACGCCAUCACGCAUGGGGGCUUUUAGCUUGCCUUGGCGCCGUGCAGGUGUGCUGCCACACGGUGCCACACGGCGCCGCUGGGGGCGGUUUGAUGCCGUUUGCGGUGGAGUUGAAGGGCUACAGGCUACUUUGAGCUUGAAUGCAGGACAGCGGCAGCAGGGCCGUUGAGAGCAGGCAGGUGAGAGAGAGAAGAAAAAGAAAAGAAAUCAUAGGAUCGUAGGAAUGUAAUAAAUGCUUUUGGGAUCGGCAGGUCCGUCUUGAUGACUGUUAGGUAUCGUGGCGCCUGGCGUGGAAUUUGGAAGUAGGGACCUGUGACACAAGCUCGUGUGUGCAUGUUGCAUGAGUGGCAUGCUGCUGCGCCUCGACGGGUCGCGCGUGGCUCGACCUUUAAGCACAGAUGUCCGAGGUUCAAGAAGAGUGCCAGAGGCACGCUCUGUGUCCGUGAUAUUGCGUCAAGGUAUUUCCCGGCGGCAUGGUGAAGCGCUCCUUCGCCCGCCCCCACUCGCAUUCUGCGCCCUUGUUGGUCGGCCGAAUGUGUGUGGCGCUUUGUGGUGUUGGUUAGUAGGCAGGGCUGGAGCCUUUGAGCUUGUGACACUUUUGUUCGAUAGGCUGAGAGGCCUGUAUACAUAUGGGAGAGGGAGGGGAGAAACACUUGUUAGGUAGGUGUUGCUAGCACGGAGUGAUGGAUGGGGCCGCGGGUGCCGAGUGCUUUUGCGUGUGAGUGUUGGUUUGCGGUUGAGAGUCCAGGUGAAAGGGCCGCAUGUGGCUUCCUAAGAAUAUGAAUAGUAAGCAAGAACGAGGAGAGAUAGAAGGCUAGAGGUUUCGGGUGGAAACGCACCGGUGUGAUGUUGUUGACUCCCCGUGUAGAGAUUCCCCUAUGGACGUCAAGAGCGCGUUGGUGAGUGCGUGUUGCUUGGGACGCGGGGCCACAACGGGCGGGUUGACACAGCCGGCAGGAGGGCUUUGCAGGGCGGUGGCGGUGCUCCGCCUUUCGAAACUACAGUAUUUAUUGUGUGUAGGUAGGAUGGGCGGCACGCGUCUUAGCGUGCGUGCAUGCGGUGGGAAGAGCGUAGAUUGUCAGGAUGACUUGGGGCCGGCCUUUGGCCUGCUGGCGCCCGGGCAGAGGUAGGGCGAGCUGGCCUAGCUGAGAAGUGUGAAUUUGUGCGCGCCACCAGUAGACGGCGUGUUGAGCUGUGUGGGAGCCAGCAGGCGGCACGGCAUCACUGGCAUGAGAGAGUUUUGCAGUAAUGCGCUAUUGAGAUGUACGGAUUGGGUCGGAGGUUCUCCUGCCUGGAUUGGGUGGACGUGUGGGUGCACACGUGCAUGCGGUGGGCGCUGUACACAUAUAUGCGGCGGGUCGUGUGUCGGGCCAGCUGCCUGCUUGUAAAUUAAGAAACAA